UUUUAAGCAGGGUCAAACAUAAAUUAUAAGCAAAAAUUAAUUUAGCUAUAAAUAUUUUUUUACACUUUUGAUUCUCAUUACCUAAGGUGGAUGCUUCAAUCUGGCAAAUUUUCAAUCAAAUCAAACAACGAAGAGGCAAACACCGAUAUCGUGUAGUGUGCUAAAACUACUAAAUGUCCGAUUAACAGAAGCCGUUCGGUAACGUUACUUUUAGUACAGUGCCGAGUAACAUUACUUUUUUUAGUAUAUCGUACGUGUACUACCCAAGACAACACAACAGUUCUGCGAUAGUUUAUUCAAAGUGUGCGCCCGUUAUAAAUAUCACACUGAAGUGAUGGCACUCAUCCAAUUACUUUAGUUUACCAACGUAUUUACAUAUUGCUAUUAACGUAGUGAUAAGGUGAUAAAAAUCUACGUUAUCUAUCGCCACUUUUAUCUCCAAGUGCUUCUGAAAUAACCACUGAAGUGAAUAUAACCAAUGUAAGCAAAGCAUACACUUCGACUGGUGUUACCAAUUUUAAUAACAAAGUUUUUUCGACAGUAUAAAGUGCCAGUUGUGUGAUGUUCGUAAACUAUGUAAACAGAAGUGAAAACUUGUAAAUCAACAUGUCUACUGAAAAAAAGGCAUCACCGUUCCUGAAACAAUGUUUCGUGACGGCGGCGGUGUGCAGUAACAUCGCGGGUCACGGCUCCAUCAUCGGCUACCCGGCCAUCCUACUGCCGCAGCUGCGACAGCCCGACUCCCAGCUCACGCUUACUGACGAACAGGGCUCAUGGAUCGCGUCAGUGCUAGGUAUUACAAUCCUGGUGGGCAACUUCAUGACGCCGCCCCUAAUGGAGCGGUUAGGCAGGAAGGUGGCACACUUCGCUGUAACACUGCCUAUCAUCGCCGGCUGGCUUGCUACUAUAUUUGCUUCGAGUUUUGAGGCUUUAUUAAUCGGGAGAAUUCUACAAGGUAUUUCGUUCGGAAUGAUUUUACCUUUGGGAUCAGUGCUUGUAGGAGAGUACACCAGCCCUAAGAAUAGAGGUGCCUUCCUCAUGUCGGUCUCUUGGGCGCAAGCUUUUGGUAUAUUCUUCGUCCACCUCGUCGGAUCUUUAAUUAGCUGGAAGAAGACUGCUAUAAUCUGUCUUUCAUUCUCCAUCGCCAGUCUACUUAUGACUCUCUACUCGCCUGAAUCACCGAGCUGGUUGGCAUCUAAAGGGAAAUACGACGAAUGCAAGAAAGUCUUUCGCUGGUUGAGAGGUGAUGAAGAAAAUGAUGAACUAGAAAAGAUGAUACAAACAAAACUCGUCACGGAACAUGUAAAAAAGCAAAUUACAUUCAAUGGAGUAAUGGAAGUAAUUAAGAAGAGAGAGUUUAUAAUUCCUAUAGUUUUAAUGAUUCACGCCAAUGCUAUGAUGCAGUUUGCCGGAGGGACGACAAUGGCGGCUUAUUCUACAACAAUUAUUCGAUUAAUAAUGGGUCCUGAAGCUAGUGCACAUUUCUGGAUGGUAGCUUUGGAUGCGCAAAGGUUAUUAUCGAAUACGGUAGCCGUGUACAUAAUUGACAAAAUGAAAAGACGGACUAUGAUGUUUUUAACUGGUGGUAUUUGCGUUGUAAGUCAUGUAGCUAUCGCUGGAUAUGUUUAUUUAAAAGUUAACAAUCUCUUACAUUACGAUGCUGUUUGGAUACCAGCUGUACUCAUCAAUCUGCAAUUCUUUUCGGUAGCUACAGGCAUGGUGCCGCUACCUAAUGUGAUUGCUGGAGAAGUAUUCCCCUUGGAGUACAAAGGACUUGGAGGAAGCAUUAGCGUAGUCUCCAUCGCCGCAUUUAUUUUCGUGACGCUUAAAACUUUCCCUGGCCUGAUAGGUUCGAUACAUUUAGAAGGGACAUAUUUAGUUUACGCGGCCGUAUUGACAUACAAUCUGAUCGUGAUAUGGUAUUUGUUGCCGGAGACGAAAGGAAAAACGUUGCAGGAGAUUGAAGAUGAAUUUAAAAGUAAGAAAGGUAAAAGUAAAGAUAUAGAAAAUGUUUUAGAAACGACUAAAAUAAACGAUACUGAUAGUAUAGAAGAUAACAAAAUUAGUGAAAUUGAAAAACUUAAAGAGAAAGAAUAGAAUAUUGCUAAUCCUGCAAAUGUUGGAUUGUGGGUUACAUUUAGUGUCGAGAGAUGGCGCUUAUAUGUUAAAAAUGUGAUAUUUAAAAAUUUAUU